UCCUGGGCGGCUGGCGGCCCCGGCUGGUUUCCUUGCUGGUGCUGGGGCACCGCUCCUGGGAGGUCACCUUAGACGAGGAGCGGGGGCGGCUGGCCUGGCGCGACUCCCGCCCGCUGCGCCGCGGCGGCAGCGCAGCUGCUGUAGACUGGAGAACUGAUGUCAUCCUCAUUUUAGAGGUUGGAGGAACUGAGACAGAGCAAAACUAAUAACAGAAAGGUUUACUAGAAGUUUAUCUGAGAAAGGUUUGAAUGUAGAUCUCUCCAGUCCCAGGCAAGUUUGCAAACUUGAAUAGUUAAAUUGUUCUUCCCUUCUUAUCAUGAACCUUUCUUAAAUAUUUUCCCGAUUUUAUCAUAAUAUCUUAUUGACCUGAGGCUUUUUGAAAAAAGGUGAGGGGAGAAGGGAGAAGGAGGCCUUAAAAAGUAUUCUAAUAAUUUGAUGUUGAAGUUUACGUAACUAAGAAUUGGUCAUGUUUGAAAUACAUCUCCUCUUAUUCCUGAUAACAUAAAACCAGAGUUUGUUAUCUUUCCCUUGCUGUUGGGUGAAUGCAGUUUGACAUAAUCUAGUUUUUAUCAGCAGUACUGCUGAAAAAAGUAUUUGAAAAUUCCUGAACUUACUUCAGAUGUGCAGCUAAAUGAACUUAAGACUUUGAAGACAAGUUAGUUCUUUAAUACUGCCUAGCUUAAUAUAUUGGUGUGAAAAAGAAGCUGUAUACUUUUCAAAAUGAAAUGUGUCUAGAGAAAGGUAUCUGGAAUAUAUUUAAAAUGUAAAGUUUCAAAGCUUUUUGAGACAGUCAUUCCCACUAGGUAAAUUAGCCCCUGCUUUGGGGAGAAUUUUGUUGCGUUGUGUAAAAUCCUUCUAAAAAUGCCUUUUCAAAGUUACCAGUUCAAUAAUCUGUAGGCUAGAGCAAGUUCUAUGGGAACUCCCUUCUACUGUGUGAUGACUUCCUUUAGACCAUGCAAGAGUGCCACAAAAUCACACUUGCACUGUGAAGUUUACAUCUGCUUACAGUGGCAUACCUUCAUCUUCAAAUAUUCUGAAGAACAUUAUUUUUCAACCUUGUAACGCUUCACCAUGAGAUCUAGAUCUGCGAACCUGGAAAACUGUUUUGUACCAAUCUCUGAGAUCAUUGCCGUAGAAGAAACGGAACUCAGCAAGAAACAACGUCAUAUUGGCAAAUGGCAAAAAAUGGCAAGGCCACAUGCUUUCACAGUGUAUUACGUGAAGAAAGCCCGAAAACACCGCUGGCGGUGCAGUGAUGUGACAUUUUGGUGUGUUGAUGAGCACUUGUGUAAUCAGUGGAUAGGGGCGCUGAAAGAAUUACUUGAAAAGCAGAAGUCUAGACCAAAGCAGUUGCUUGUGUAUAUUAAUCCGUAUGGAGGAAAACGUCAAGGAAAGAGGAUUUAUGAACAGAAAGUUGCUCCGCUCUUCAGUCUGGCUUCUAUUUCCACUGAUGUUAUUGUAACUGAACGCGCUAAUCAUGCUAAGGACAAUUUAUUUGAAGUUAAUAUAAAUAAAUAUGAUGGUGUUGUUUGUGUUGGUGGGGACGGCAUGUUCAGUGAAGUGAUGCAUGGUCUCAUUGGAAGAAUGCAGAAGGACUCUGGCAUAGACCAAAAUAAUCCCAAAGCACCGUUAGUCCAGUGCAAUAUAAGGAUUGGCAUAAUUCCUGCUGGGUCAACAGAUUGCAUAUGCUAUUCAACUGUUGGCAUUUCUGAUCCAGUAACAUCAGCUCUUCAUAUUAUUAUAGGUGACUGUCAGCCUCUGGAUGUCUCUUCUGUACAUCAUAACAACACAUUUUUGAAGUACUAUGUAUCAUUGCUGGGGUAUGGUUUUUAUGGAGAUAUAUUAAAAGAUAGCGAAAAGAAGCGGUGGAUGGGUCCGAUGAGAUACGACUACUCAGGCUUCAAGACUUUUCUUUUUCAUCAUUAUUACGAAGGAACAAUUUCUUUUCAACCAGCAAAACAUACACUAGGAUCUCCACGAGAUAAAGAUAGCUGCAGAACAGGGUGUCACAUUUGCAAGAAAAGUGAGCAACAGCUGGCAGAACAGCAGAAGGAAUCUGGAUUAAAACAUGAAGAAGAUGAAGAAGAAUGGAGGGUUAUUAAAGGAAAAUUUCUAGCCAUCAAUGCAGUAAAUAUGAGCUGUGCCUGUCCACGAAGUCCCAAAGGUCUUUCACCAGCAGCUCAUUUGGCUGAUGGUUCAGCUGACCUCAUUCUAGUUCGUAAAUGCUCCAGAUUUGAUUUUCUACGGUAUCUUGUCAGACAUACAAACCAAGAUGAUCAGUUUGACUUCUCAUUUGUAAAUGUUUAUCGGGUGAAGAGUUUUCAAUUUACAUCAAAACUUUCAGAAGACAAUGAGAGCAAUGUCAUGGACAUAGGAAAGAAACGUUUUGGCCACUUCUGCCGAGAUCAUCCAUCCUGUUGCUGUAAUGCUGCUAAUACCACCUGGAACUGUGAUGGAGAAACUCUGGACAGUUCAGCCAUUGAAGUGAGGGUUCACUGCCAGUUAAUGAAACUAUUUGCAAGGGGAAUCGAGGAAAACGGUAAAGAUGAAGCUGCCUACAGCCAGAGUAGCACUGAACAAUUACUAUAGACAUUGCUCCUCCAAUGAGGAGAAGAAAAACUAAAAGCUCAAGGAAAUUGAGUAAACAUGCAUUUUAGUCAAACUGACGUGUUUUAAAAUUUUAGAUUUUUUUUUAUGGCUUCAGUAGAGUUUUAGACAUCUUAUUGCAUUGUGUCUUUUUUGUAUUGCAUUGUGUCAUUUUUUUAAAAAACAUUGUACUCAUUAAAAUAUAUCUUGAAGCAAUGUAAUUUAAGUUGUUAGAAAAGAGAGAAUUGGCGUAUAUAUGUAUUCACAAUGACUGAUAAAUUCGCUGUGCUUUUCUAGAGAGCUAAUUUAGCAGUUGUGUUGCAAUAAUAUCUAAAUGUUAUAAAACAUAGGACUUCGAAUUGUCAUCGAACCAAGAUAUCAAGACAAGAUAUUUUCAGUGUCUGAGAAGAUGUUUUCUACUGGGAGUAUUACGUAGUUGCAUGUGGCUUAAAUGCUGGACAACAGUGUUGUCAUUCUCAUGGGUUUUUUUAGUAAAUCUUUGAUUUUAUAAUUCUGAUUAUACCUUGCAACUUAUCAAUGCAAUUUAAACACACAUUCCUGGCUUUAAGUAAUAACAAUAAGAGUUUAAAAAUACUUUGACACAUAAAAGCACAUCUGUAUACAGAUCAUACCUUAUCCUAUAUAUUCUAUUUAAAAAAGCUUCCUUGCAUGAUGCUUUUUGGGAUUAUAAAGGGGUUUAUGACUGUUUGGAUGAUACCAAAUACCACACACAGCAACUGAAGUAGGAUACUUAUAAUACCAGGAAGGCACAGGCAAAGGAAAAUAUAAAUAUCUUCUGAAACACCAGCAAGUUUUAAUUUUUUUUAAAAUAUCUAAAGCUAACAUAUGAAAAGCUUCCCUCUUUGGUACGCAAUUCUUUGGACGUUCUACUAUAUACGUUAAAAUGUCUUUGCAAAAUAAGAUGUUGGAAUCUUAAGUUUAAAAAUAUGAUUUGAUGAUUGAAAGUUUUUUAAAUAAUGUUUAUUUAACUGAAUAUGAAACAAAAUAAUUUGUUUUGUGAAGUCAAGGGAAGAAACUGGCAUCUGAUAAAUAAUUAAUUCACUGUGCUGAUUUGUUUUUAUAGCAGGAAACAUUAGACUAUCGUGUAUAGCUAUGGAGUGAUUAUUUAAGUUGUGUAUGGAUUUAUGUAUUGACACACACAUGUUCUUUGUGUAGGCUUGGUGCUAAAUUUAUUCUGGUUUGAGGAUCAGAAGUUAGCCCCUGCUGUCUUUUCUUAAGUGUGUAGUUCUCUUUAAAACUUUUUUUUUGGCUGAAACAGCUAAUGAUUCUCUAUUCAUGUUUAUUUAUUGGCAAUUCUGCAUUCAGUUUGUAUUAGUUUUAUGUCUCUCUCAUAUUUGCUCAGCGUAAGCCAUGGUGAUUGGUCAGUUUAUUACUGAAGCACUUGAAAUUGUUGUAAAUGGCUGAUUUUUUUUUCUAUUGAAAUUAUUUACAUUCCAGUUUUGUGUAAUCUGAAAAUGGUGUGCUAUAUCUUUGCUACGAAGUGUUAUUCAUAUUGCUCUAUAUGACAAAAAGCACUUGCAAAUGAUAUUUGCUUAAAGGACAGUCAUACAAAGUUUAGGAUCUGGUUUUUGUUUUGUAGUAUUUCAGGGAAAUACUUGAAUACUUUUCCAAAAGUACUGCUGUUUACUUAUUAACGCAGUGAGUUGAAAUGUUGAUUGAUCCAAUGUUUUUCAGACAUUUGUAACAUAAGUGUUAUGUGUACUGUAUUUUAAAGCCAUGUUUAAUAAGUGAAAUAGUACUUUGGACCUAAGAACCUCACUGAAAAUGAGAUUAUGCAGUUCUACCAAUGCAGAUAUUUUUUGCAAGUGUCAUUUAUUUAAGAAGUUCUAUAGUUACUUUGGUCUAUCCAUGACUUUUGUGAGAAAACCCAGACUUCAAGUUACGGUAAUUCUUGUGCAGGAUAUGGUGGUGCACGCACAACUCACCAACAGAUGAGGUCAUUUAUGAGGCAUGGCAGCUAUCCAGAUCACAUUCUUGUAAAUGAGGAGUAAAUACCGACUGGUGCUCUCCAUCAGUUUACUAGCAAGUAAUGAGACCCUUAGUUGAAAAAUGGAGGCUUAAUCUAGUUGUGAAUGUAUACUGAAAUCCUCUGAAUGUUUUUAAUAUCUGAAACUGAGUGCUUGGUGUUUCCAAAGAAAGCCACAGUGAAAGCCUCCUCUCUGAGAAACAAGCCACCAGAAAAGGAAAGAUUGUUCUGUAGUAUGAUAAUGAAGUGUGAAGUAAAUAAUAAAGAUGUUGCAACAUAAUAAAAAGAAAAGGUCUUAGGUAAUAGAAAAGCUGCAUAGUUGCAUUUGAAUAAUUCUAUUUGUAGCAUAUUGUACUAGCAAAGCACUGUGAGUCAUAUGACACGUCCAGUUUUUAAGAGAGCUGCAUCAGUAAUGUCUGCUUACCUUUUAAUUCUAGGUUGUUUUUUUUUCUCUGAAUGUAGUCUCAGUAUGGAAAUUAUGUAUAGGAAAAACAAGUUUGAUUUUUCUUUUUUUCUCAAUCUUGCUGGCUUCAAGAUUAGAAAAUGUGUUCUGUUUUAUGACACCUAGGGCAUUUCAUUGAAAAAAUAAAAUUAUGUCAUACAGCGGUA